AUGAAGAUCCUCUUCCUCUGUACUGCACACAACUCGCUCUCACAGCGCCUGUACUUGGCGCUCUCCCGCACCCACGAUGUCAGCAUCGAGUUCGCAUUAUUUGACGAGCUCAUGGUCACUGCUGUCGCUCUCUUCGGCCCAGAUCUCAUCAUCUGUCCCUUCUUGACGACUCUGGUUCCAAAGGAGAUCUACGAGGAAUACUUGACGUUGAUCAUACAUCCUGGACCACCUGGUGAUGCAGGACCGAGUGCUCUUGACUGGGUACUUAUGGGAGAUGAUGGAGCCACGGAUGACCCAGAGGAGCUACUGAGGAAGCUCGACAUGGAAACUUCUUGCUCGCCAGGACGCACUCACUGGGGUAUCACCGUCCUACAGGCUAUCGAGCAGUUCGACGCGGGUCCGGUCUGGGCGUUCGAACAGUUCGAGCUUGACAUUGAUCAAGCCGGGCUCACCAAGUCGGAACUCUAUCGAGGACCCAUCACGCAGUCGGCAGUCACUGCUACACUCGCAGCCAUCUCACGCAUUCAAGCCGUCGGCAGUAUCCAGCCCAAGAACGGUCCAUCUCACUCGCAACACUUCGCUCCUACUUUGAAAGCCGAAGCAGACUAUAGCCGUCUAUCUGUCACCAGCAACAGACCAUUCCAAGGUGGCAAGCUUCACCACCGUCCGCUGCUCAAAGCUGCUCACAGGCAAUUCGACGUUACCCGGCACACUGCGCAGCAGAUCUCUCGAUGCAUCCGCAGCGGAGACUCCCAGCCUGGUGUGCUGACCAAGGUCUUCGGCAUCAACCUCUACGUUUACGGCGGUGUGCUUGACGACAAUGCUGACGGCCGUCUUCCAACUACGAUUGGCAAGAUGCCUUUGCCCAUUCUGGGUUUCCGCAACGAAGCGGUUUGCUUAUCGACCAGUGAUGGGAAAGGAGUCUGGAUUACUCACGUCCGCCGUCUGAAGGCCAAAGCCGACAAAGCUUUGUGGCCUAAGGUGUCGGCCACCUUUGGCUUGCUGGACCUUGGCCUCAUUACUGCUCAGGAUAUUACUGCACUGCACUGGCCACUUGCUAUGGACUGGAAGCUCUCCGCCGCAAGAACAUUCCAGGAAGUCUGGGUGGAGUGGUCUGUUGAUGACAAGCUCAACAAGACUGCCUAUUUGUACUUUGACUUCUACAAUGGCGCCAUGUCGACUGAGCAGUGCUCUCACCUCAUCGACGCCAUGGACUUCAUCGUGGCCGAGUCGACUGAACAGAGUUCGGUACAGGCUGUCGUCCUGAUGGGUGGCUCGUACUUCAGCAAUGGCAUCGCUCUCAACGUUAUCGAAGCUGCUCAGGAUCCGGCCAUGGAGUCUUGGCUCAACAUCAAUCGCAUUGACGAUGCGGUGCACUACCUCCUGCACGACUUUCCCUCUCGAAGCAUCGUCACCGUCGCAGCCAUCAGAGGCAACGCCGCAGCUGGCGGCGUCGCACUCGCAACAGCCUGUGACAUCGUCGUCGCUGGCUCAAGCGUAGUCCUCAACCCAGCCUAUCGCGCCGUAGGCCUCUACGGCUCCGAGUACCACACCCUAUCCUACUACGGCCGCUGCGGCAAAAUCAACGCAACCAAGAUCCUAACCUCCAUGACCCCCCUCAGCCCACUCCAAGCCCAAUCCAUCGGCCUCGUCGACUACGUCUUCCCAGGCACCGGCACAAUGCUCGAAGACUACAUCAAAACCCACAUCGACUACCUCCUCAAACCAGGUAUCUUCACGCGCGGCAUGUGGAAGAAGAACAUAGACCUCUCCCCAGCAGCACUAGCCCGCGCCCGAGCAAACGAGCUCGGGGAGAUGUCGCUCGACUUCUGGAGCGCUCGCUCAGCUCGCUACCACAGCCGUCGCUUCGACUUUGUUCGUAAGGUCAAGUCCACCAAGACUCCGCUCCGCUUUGCGAUUCACCGCAGAAUGUUCGACGACACCCGCAAAGACGAGGAAGAGACCGAGGACUUUGACAGCGUCGAACGUUUCCAGCAACUCGCGCAAGAAAAGCUCAUCGCAGACUUGCGGAACAAACUGGCGAACGAUGUUGGCGAGGCUAUUGCGUACCGGGACGAGAGAGCGAGGCGGGACUCUAUCAGACUUGACAGGAAGAUUGAGACGGUGUUUUCGUGUUAUUACAAGCCGACUCUUGAGGACGUUCCUACGCCGCCAGAGUCGCCGUUGUCGCCGAUUGAGACGUUUGAUAGGUUUUCGUUCAUGUAG